CUCACUGCGAACCCGAAGUGGCCAGAGAUCACCCGCGCGCUCCUUCCUGGUCAGACAGCGUAUGAUCGUCCUGAUCUGGUCGCUCGCGUGUUUGCCCUCAAGCGAGACACCUUGCUCCACGACAUCUACCAUGGUGGCAUACUCGGUACACCUGCGGCAUACAUCUACUCGACCGAGUUCCAGAAGCGUGGGCUGCCGCAUUGUCACGCUCUCAUCAUUCUCCACGAUCCUUGGAAGAUGAAGACUGUGGACGCCAUUAACAGCAUCAUCAGCGCUGAGUGGCCUGAUCCUGAUGCUCAGCCCCGUCUUUUUGACAUUGUC